AUGAGAAUGUCCUUUAACAAUGAUACAUUAGUUAUUGCAGUGAAUUCAAUUAUUGUUAGUCUUGAUCUUGUCAAGCAGCGAUUUUUGAGUCAACUUCCACUUAUAUUCGUCAUUCUUGGGUGUAUUGGUUUUAUCGGAAAUGUUUUUACAUUUCUUCAACCUACUCUUCGAUUCAAUACAUUUUGCUUCUAUUCUCUCUGCGGGUCACUUAUUGAUAUUAUUAAUCUUUUUCUUGGUCUACUACCUAAGUAUGUAUAUUCAACCUACAACAUGUUUUCAUUAAUAACUGAAAGUCAAUUAUGUAAAUGGAAACUGUUUGGUUUAGUCUUUCUAUCUCAAUUAUCAAUGAAUUUAUUAAUUUUAUCUUUGAUUGAUCUUUAUGUUUGCACAUGUCGUCUAACAUCGCCAAUGCGUCAAUUAAAAAUGGUACCUUGGUUAAUUGGAUUCAUAGUUAUUAUUAGUGGUCUUAUGUCACUUUAUGCACCUCUUCUUUAUGAUAUCACGCCUGCUUUUACAUGUGUUCCUGCACAUCCGUUAUUAAAUGGUGUAAUAUAUAUUGUUAUUCAUGGUCUGAUAACGCCAUUUAUGAUGUUUAUAUUUGUUUGGCUUACUUAUCAAAAUGUCAAGCGAAGCCGUCAGCGAGUGGGUAUAGUGACAAAUACAAUUGCAUAUCGUUCUCGUUAUCAAUUUAUUAGUAUGACUUUUGCUCGAGUUAUGGUAACAAGUUUCUUUAUUUUACAAUGGAUGAGCAUGUAUAUUUAUCAUAUAGCUACUCAGUACAAUAACAAAAGUGCUGAACAAUGGUCCAUUGAUUAUUUUACUCUUUUUUUAACAAAUACUUUAUAUUAUAUUAUCAAUGUUAAAUCAUUUUAUCUAUCAACAUUAACAUCUCGUCUAUUUCGUGAGACAUUUAUCAAAGGUUUAUUCAAAUUGACACAUAAAUUUUCAGCGCAAUAA